AUGCUGUCCCUCUGGGUUACCAUCCUACCCGUCGUGGUGUUUGCCAUCUACCGAGUGCUGCAGAUUGGCAAGCGAGAUCCCCGCAUGCCCAAGGGUCCCCCGACCAUCCCUAUCUUGGGAAACGCGCACCUGGUACCCCCUGAAGGGCUAUUCAGACAGUUUCGCUCCUGGGCAAAGGAGUAUGGCCCUGUGUUCUCGCUCAAGUUCGGCCCGUCCAACAUGAUUGUCUUGUGCGACCGUAAGGCCAUCCAUGCGCUUCUGGACAAGAAGAGCAACCUGUACUCGGACCGACCGCAUACUUAUGUCGGCAAUCUACUGACCCAGGGCGACAUGAUUGCGCUCGAACAGAUGGACAGUAUGUGGCGGCAGAAACGGAAGAUUGUGGCUCACAACUUCUCGCCGAAACAACUGGACGAGAAGCAUUUCCGGGUCCAAGAAGCCGAGGCCACCAUGCUGAUGGCCGAUCUUUUGGAAGACCCCAAGGGCUUCUACAAUCACAUCCGCCGCUACACCGCCUCGGUCGCGACGGUGUUGGUCUUCGGCUCCCGGGGGCCUACAUUUGACUCUUUCUGGGCCCACGGCGUCUACGAUGUCAUGUCCAAGUGGACCGAGGCGAUGGAACCGGGAGUGAAUCCACCGGUGGAUGAAUUUCCCAUCUUGAAAUUGAUCCCCCAGUGGUUGGCUUUUUGGAAGCGGCGGGCGCUGUCGGCGGGGAAGACCAUGGAUGCUGUCUGGGGCGAAGCCGUUUCCCGCGUGGAGAAGAGACGAAGUCGGGGGGACCGGCGGGAUUGUAUCACCGACACACUGCUGGAUCAAUGGGGGAAGGAAGACAUGCCUAUGAGCCAGCAUUCGUUCAACAACCUGGUGGGCGAACUGGUCGAGGGUGCUGCCGACACCACGGCGGCCCAACUCCUCACUCUUGUCAUGGCCUUUGCCAAAUACCCGCGCGUGCAGAAACAAGCCCAGGUCGAGAUCGAUCGAGUAUGCGGAACGCAAAGAUCGCCGGUGUGGUCGGACUUCAAGGAGCUCCCCUACAUCAACGCCAUCGUCAAGGAAGGGAUGCGGUGGAGACCGGUGUCGGUGACCGGGUCCCCCCACCGAGUGAGAGAAGAUGACGAAUACGAGGGCAUGUUGAUUCCCAAGGACUCGACCAUCAUCGUGCCCGUUUGGGCGUUACAUCACAGCGACGAGUUUGACGACGACGACGCCUUUAUCCCCGAACGCUACGUCGGAUACGACAAGCUGGCCAACGACUAUGCCGGAAGUCCCGACUGGAAACACCGUGAUCACUACGGUUACGGCGCCGGACGCAGAAUAUGCCCUGGCAUGCAUCUGGCCGAGAGAAACAUGUGGCGUAUCGCAGCCAAGUUACUGUGGGCGUUUGAAUUCGCCGAGCCCAUCGACCCUGCAACGGGGAAAGUGGUUCCCCUCGAUGCGGACCGGUAUAAUCGCGGCAUUCUGCAGGCCCCAUUGCCGUUUGAAGUCCAGGUCAAGCCCCGGAGUCAGGAGCACGUCGCGGCCAUUAGGAAGGAGAUUGCCUCAGCAAAGACUUUUCUGAAGCCGUGGGAAGACGAGUAG